AUGCCAAAAACCGGAACGACAUUAUUGUUCCGACGAGGAGGGAUCGGCGGCGGCGAUAAAGGCGCGACGCGGGCGAAGGAAAAAAAGAUACGCCUACCCGUCGGGCGUUUGGCAAAGGCUGACGCGGCGGCGACGACCGUUGUGUUGUCGCUGCAACUAUGUGCAACGGCGGGCAGCAGCAGCCUCAGCCGGACUCGUUCGGGCCGAUAA